AUGGUUCACAUAGACGAGCCGGACGUCUUUAUGGAUGUACGAUCCAGAGCAGACAGCUUGGCUCCUGUACCAGACCAUCUUGAGCGUAUCGAAACGCCAGAUUCGAUCCUCCGUCCAGUUAAGCGUCUUGUCCACGAGUCUCCUCCCAGAGUCAUCCAGACUGUCCAAAGAUCACCGAGCCAGCCAGUCCCCAGACCUAGCUUUUUCGAGCGCCAUAGCCAUCGGGGACUCAGUAACGCGAUUGAAGGCUUGGAAGAUCUUGUAGAGGAUGCUGUUGUCACAGCUGAACUGAUGGAGCGACCAGAGCACGUUAAACAGAUAUACACGAUCAUCGAGGACGCAAGCAUUGCCGUCCAGGACGCCUCUUUAGAGCCCGCUCGACUUUUGAUGAGAACUUCGUCUCCUCUGCAAGUCUCUGCCAAGGAGGCCGAUCGCGCCGACGAAGAGGCAGUCCCGAGGAUUAUCGGAGACCUCGCCGGUAUCGCUGUAGCUGGGGAAGCGCAGAUACAACAUCGCACUCACCGCGCAAACAUCGUCGCCAUCGUGUAUCUUCUGAAUUUGGCACCUCGUUCGACGAAGAAGAACUAG